GUUUAACAUUUGCAGUUUCGAACGUACUAUGAUUAUCUUAAUCAAAGAUAAGACAGUCCCUACCAUCCCCAAAUUCUGACUUCAAUGCAUUGCCAGAUUUACUGUUCAUCACACUCUUCAACCGAUUGAUCAUAGAUACUGCAAGAUCCUGCAUCAGAUUCACGUUCUGGAAUCAAUAUUUUAAGACAGCCCAGAAAAAAGAAAUUCAAGAUUUUGCAUAGAAACAAGCAAAUAAUGAGCAAGACAGUGAGGAAACUGCAAGUGGCAUCGCCCGUGCCCGCGGAUAUAGAUAUAGCUAAUUCAGUUGAACCACUUCAUAUCUCUGAGAUUGCCCAAGAACUAAAUCUUAGUCCCCACCAUUACGAUCUCUAUGGCAAGUACAAAGCCAAGGUAUUACUGUCAGUGAUUGAUGAACUGAAAGGUAAAGGAGAUGGGUUUUAUGUGGUGGUUGGAGGGAUUACUCCUACACCUCUUGGAGAAGGCAAGUCCACUACUACUGUUGGUCUUUGUCAAGCAUUGGGAGCUUUUCUUGAUAAAAAGGUGGUCACAUGCCUUCGCCAACCAUCACAAGGGCCUACAUUUGGAAUCAAAGGUGGUGCAGCAGGUGGAGGUUAUAGCCAAGUAAUCCCAAUGGAUGAGUUCAAUCUUCACUUGACAGGGGAUAUCCAUGCAAUAACAGCUGCAAAUAACCUUCUUGCAGCAGCCAUUGAUACUAGAAUUUUCCAUGAAUCCACACAAUCUGAUAAGGCUCUGUUCAACAGGUUAUGCCCACCGAAUAAAGAAGGUAGAAGGAGUUUCAACGACAUAAUGUUUACCCGUUUGAAGAAACUUGGCAUCUCCAAGACCAACCCUGAAGAGCUUACACCAGAAGAAGUUAAUAAAUUUGCCAGGCUCGAUAUCAAUCCUGAAUCCAUCACAUGGAGAAGAGUAAUGGAUGUAAAUGACCGAUUCCUGAGGAAAAUUACUAUUGGCCAGGGUCCUGAAGAAAAGGGGAUGGUAAGAGAAUCCGGAUUUGACAUUUCUGUAGCUAGUGAAAUAAUGGCAGUGUUGGCUCUAACAACGUCCCUAUCUGACAUGAGAGAGAGGCUUGGCAAAAUGGUAAUUGGAAAUAGCAAGGCUGGUGAUCCCAUUACAGCUGAUGAUCUCGGAGUUGGAGGUGCUCUGACUGUGUUGAUGAAAGAUGCCAUUAAUCCUACAUUGAUGCAAACUCUUGAGGGCACCCCUGUCCUUGUCCAUGCCGGUCCUUUUGCAAAUAUUGCUCAUGGGAACUCAUCAAUUGUUGCAGAUAAAAUAGCACUAAAGCUGGUGGGACCCGAUGGCUUUGUGGUUACUGAAGCAGGCUUUGGGGCUGAUAUUGGAACAGAGAAGUUUAUGAAUAUUAAGUGUCGAUAUAGCGGUUUAACCCCUCAGUGUGCUGUUAUUGUAGCAACCAUAAGGGCCCUCAAAAUGCACGGUGGAGGGCCUCAGGUUGUGGCUGGCAAGCCUCUUGACCGUGCCUAUGUGACUGAGAAUGUGGCUCUUGUUGAAGCUGGUUGCAUUAAUCUGGCCCGGCAUAUCUCAAAUACAAAGGCUUAUGGUGUUAAUGUUGUUGUUGCUGUCAACAAGUUUUCAACUGAUUCUGGAGCUGAACUAAGUGUAGUCAGGAAUGCGGCUUUAGAAGCAGGGGCUUUUGAUGCUGUUAUUUGUUCUCACCACGCACACGGUGGUAAAGGAGCGGUUGACCUUGGCAUUGCAGUUCAAAAAGCCUGUGAAAAUGUGACACAGCCAUUGAGAUUCUUGUAUCCCUUGGAUAUAAGUAUCAAAGAAAAAAUAGAGGCAAUAGCGAAGUCAUAUGGUGCCAGUGGUGUUGAGUACUCAGAACAAGCAGAGAAACAGAUUGAGGUGUAUAGCAAGCAAGGAUUUUCCCACUUGCCAAUCUGCAUGGCAAAAACACAGUAUUCAUUUUCUCAUGACGCUUCAGCGAAAGGUGCUCCAAGUGGUUUUGUCCUACCAAUCAGGGACGUCAGGGCAAGCAUUGGUGCCGGAUUUAUCUAUCCUUUAGUCGGGACAAUGAGUACGAUGCCUGGUCUACCAACAAGGCCUUGCUUCUAUGACAUUGACCUUGAUGCCGCCACAGGGAGGGUUAUUGGUCUUUCUUAAGAAUCGGAUAAAGCUCUUCGAACUUAGAUUUCGCUUUCUUGUUGGAAUAUAGAAUGAAUGGAUGACGAAUGAAAGCUGAUGUGGAUCUCGAAGUAUUCUGUGAGACAUUUGUAAUUCCUCCCUUUCUGCUUACAAAUAAUUUAACUGUACAAGUAGAAUAAAUAAUUGAUCUGACUUCAGAUGUCUCGAUUCUUAACAAGAAUGCCCGUUUAUGUUGAAAGUUGUGAACAUCUCUGCACAGUUUGUUGGUACUUCGGCUAUCUUGGUAGAAAUUUGACAUCCUUUUUUGCGUCUGAAU